AACAAAUCAGUCAUUGUUUCCUUUCAGUUCGUAACAUAAACAUCCAGGUAUUCACUGAGGAUGUUGGCUGAAUAGCAAAAGGGAACGUAUAAAACGCUGGCACCAAUUCUCAGUUUCCACAACCCAUGCAGCGUUAGAUGGAGACAGGAGAAAGUUUCCUUACGAUUAGGAAAACAAAGAUUUUAGCUGAAGUUCCAAACACUACUUUGUUAUAAUUUUGCUACAGCAAGAGUUCUGAGUGAGUAAAAUCUAAAAAUAGUGUUUAGUAAAGUGAAAGUCCUCGAUAUUAACUUUGUCUCUAACUGAACAUGAAGUGGACCCUAAUUCUUAUUCUUGGUGAGUCCUGGUUGCAAUGCUGUGUGGUAAAAGUGUGAUAUCUUAGGUGUGUUCUUGCUGUGUCUUUGUAAAUCCAUGCUUUCGUUCUUUUUUAAACACAGAAAAAAGAACGAAAGCAUGGAAAAGUGUGAUAGUUUUGUAGAAACUAUGUCUGAUGUGUGUCUUACACUAUAUUUAGGAUGGUCAUUGGCUGGAACCACCAUUGGCUGGACAUACCACUACUCAAAUGUAACUUUGAACUGGAGCGAUGCCAGGAAGUGGUGCCAGGCAAAUUUCACGGACAUGGUGGUGAUCCAGAGCCAGAGAGAGAAUGAUUAUGUUGUCUCCCUUUUGCCAAACCGAACCCAGAGUCCUUAUUACUGGAUCGGAAUCACCAAAACCCACUUGAGCAAGACCUGGACCUGGAUCGGGAAUAACAGCACCUGGAUCGGAACUCGUUCUUGGGCCAGAAACGAGCCAAACAACAACCGCAGCAAUGAGUUUUGUGUGGAGAUCUACGUGAAGAGCGGGCCAGAUCGGGGAAAGUGGAAUGAUGAGAAAUGUGCUCGUAAAAAGUUCCCAGUUUGUUUCAAAGCCCAGUGUAAUGCAUCAUCAUGUGAGAGAGGAAGAUGCGUGGAGACCAUAAACCACUCAGCCUGUCUCUGUGAACCGGGGUUCAUAGGAAACAGGUGUCAAACAGCUAAGGAAUGCCCCCCUCUGUCUCCGCCUGAGAAUGGAUACCUGAAGUGUUCAGAAGGAAGUUCAAAGUUCAACACAACCUGUCAAUUUAAAUGCCAUCCCGGUUUCCUGUUGACCGGCUCAUCAGCGGUGACCUGUUCACCUUCUGGGGUCUGGAGUGCUUUGAGACCUGUUUGUGCAAGUAAACGCGCCAAAUUAGCAUUUCAAUCCGGUCUUAGGUCAUAGAUAAACAGGGUUUGGAUUGCAACAAUGCAUUGUUGUUUAAUUCAAAGUAAUAAUUGGAUGGAGGGAGUGAUUUUCUGUAUCUGUGCUCUACCUGUUUGUGCUCCCAGCUGUUAAAUGCCCCCCUCUCUCUCUGCCUGAUGACGGAAACGUUAGCUGCUCAGAUGAAGGCCUGAUCUUCAACUCAACCUGCAGGUUCAAAUGCAGCUCCGGUUUCCUCAUGACUGGCUCGUUCGCUGUGACGUGUGGGGCCACUGGGAUAUGGAGCGGUCCCAGACCCAUUUGUGCAAGUUAUAAACAGGCUCUGCUAGCUGUCGCUGGGUGUGGAUCCUUGUCUUUGUUGUGUUGCAUCUGUUUCUGUUGGAUGAAACACAGAAAAAGAAAGAAACUUGUCCAAGAAAGGCAGACGGAGGAUUUAACAAAUCCAACCAAUGAAAUAAAUGGAUGAGCAGAAGGUUGAAGCUCUCCCUUUGUGUCACAACAUCUGAGCACUUUUACUGCAUGCAAACAUUUAAAUUUAAACCUAAUCCAUAUGUCUAAACACUCUCAACCCUGCAUGCCACAGGUUCAAUCUGAUGCACUAAAUUGAUGCUAUUAGAGAUGUGCACAUAAUGUAUUUCCUGUAAAUGCAAAUGCUCCAGUUGGAAUGAUAUAAAAAUAAAUUAAAAAAUGUGAAAGA